AUGCAGAGGUUCAAGGCAGCUUCAUUGGUAAGAAACGGCCUUCACAAUUGCCGUUUGCUUAGCCAUUGCAGAGGCCUCUGCUCUCUCCCAGACCAUGCUCUCAACGAUGAUCUUGGCCACCAAGUAUUGGUUGAAGGCAAAGCUUGGUCCAGGACAGCGAUUCUCAACAGACCUUCAGCGCUCAAUGCUCUCACGACUGCAAUGGGGGCUAGAUUGCAGAAACUGUACAAAAGCUGGGAAGAUAAUCCUGAUAUUGGUUUUAUUGUAAUGAAGGGCAGUGGCAAGGCAUUUUGUGCUGGUGGAGAUGUAGUUUAUCUUUAUCAUAUGAUAAACAAAGGGAAAAUAGAAGAAUGUAAACAAUUUUUUAGUACACUAUAUGCAUUUAUGUAUAUGGUUGGUACAUGUUUGAAGCCACAUGUGGCUAUCUUGAAUGGCAUUACCAUGGGUGGUGGUGCUGGGGUCUCAAUACCCGGGACAUUCCGCAUUGCAACUGAUAAAACUGUAUUUGCUACCCCUGAAACUCUAAUUGGUUUCCAUCCCGAUGCUGGGGCAUCCUUUUACCUGUCACAUCUACCGGGUCACUUAGGGGAGUUCGUGGCCCUUACAGGUGAAAGGCUCAAUGGAUUGGACAUGAUUGCUUCUGGGCUUGCAACACACUAUUUGCAUAGUUCAAGGCUUCCUUUAAUUGAAGAAGAACUUGGGAAAAUAGUCACUGAUGAUCCUUCUGUCAUUGAAGCUUCUUUAGACAAGUAUGGUGAACUUGUCUAUCCAGAUGAGAAAAGUGUGCUUCAUAGGAUUGAAUUAGUUGAUAAAUGUUUCAGCCAUGACACGGUUGAGGAAAUUAUUGAUGCCUUGGAAUGUGAGGCAGGUAGAACAAAUGACGCAUGGUGCACUUCUACUCUAAAGAGACUUAAAGAAGUCUCACCAUUGAGCUUGAAGGUUGCCUUGCGAUCUAUAAGAGAAGGUAGAUUUCAGACCCUUGAUCAGUGCUUGGUUCGUGAGUACCGAAUGUCCCUACAGAGUAUCACUAAGCAGGUUUCAAAUGACUUUUGCGAGGGCGUUCGGGCACGUGUAGUCGAAAAGGACUUUGCACCGAAGUGGGAUCCUCCAAGUGUUGAAAAAGUGUCCAAUGACAUGGUGGAUCAAUAUUUUUCCCCUCUUACCAAUCUCACUUCUGCUGAUUCGCUAAUUUCCUCUGCUCUACAAAGUAAACAAGCACAGAGAGAGAGAGAGAGAGAGAGGAGAGAGAGAGAGGAGAGAGAGAGAGAGAGAGAGAAUGACGACUCAGGAGUAGGAGCAAACUUGCUGGGCCAGCACUCCGCCGAGAGAAACCAAGACGCUACUGCUUACGUCGGCAAUCUCGACCCUCAGGUUUCUGAAGAAUUACUGUGGGAGCUGUUUGUUCAAGCUGGCCCUGUUGUGAAUGUGUAUGUUCCCAAAGAUAGAGUGACAAACCUUCAUCAAGGAUAUGGAUUUGUUGAAUUCCGUAGCGAAGAGGACGCUGAUUAUGCAAUCAAGGUGCUUAAUAUGAUCAAACUUUACGGGAAGCCAAUACGUGUAAAUAAGGCAUCCCAAGAUAAAAAGAGCUUGGAUGUAGGGGCAAACCUUUUCGUUGGAAAUCUUGAUGUUGAUGUGGAUGAGAAACUCCUCUAUGAUACAUUCAGUGCAUUUGGAGUCAUAGUUACAAAUCCUAAGAUAAUGAGAGACCCCGAAACUGGAAAUUCCCGUGGAUUUGGCUUCAUUAGCUAUGAUUCCUUUGAGGCAUCUGAUGCAGCUAUUGAGGCAAUGAAUGGCCAGUAUCUAUGUAAUCGUCAAAUAACAGUGUCAUAUGCAUAUAAGAAGGACACUAAAGGGGAGCGUCAUGGUACUCCAGCAGAGAGAGUUUUGGCUGCAAGCAAUCCUACUUCAAAGAGCAGGCCUCAUACACUGUUCGCUAGUGGCCCCCCAACACUUGCCAAUGGUCCUCAGUCCAAUGGUACCAUGGGUGCUCCAGUGCCUCCACGACCUUUUGCAAAUGGUGGUGUUGGUCUUCCUCCACUACGCCCACCACCCCCUCAAGGUAUGGCGUUCCCACCCAUGCAGAUGAGUGUACAACCAGCCUGGCAGGGUCAGCCACAGCAACCAGGUCAAAUGCCUCCACCGCAAAUGCAACAGUUCAGACCUCCUCCUCCAAACAUGCCACAACCCCCUCCACAGGGUGCUCCAGCUCCUCCAAGGUCUCUUCCACCACCUAUGGCCAUGGGAAACCAACAACCUAUGUGGCGACCACCCCCACCUCAAAUGAGGCCCCCAAAUAUGCAACACGCAUCAAUGCCCCCACCUCCUCCCCUCAAUAACCCUCCACUACCGCCCCCUAUGAGUUGA